CAUCGUGGGGACGUGGAGCUGGUGGGAUCACACCAUGGCCUGGGUCCCUCUCCUCCUCACGGUACUCGCCCACACCUCAGGUUCCCUGGUCCAGGCAGUGCUGACUCAGUCACCUCCGAUGUCCGUCAAAGUGGGAGACACCGUCAAGAUCACCUGCUCUGGGAGUAGCAGCAGCUGGGCUUAUGCUGGCUGGUACCAGUACCAGUACCAGUACCAGUACUACCCUGGUAGUGCCCCCAUCACUGUGAUGUAUCAAAGCACCAACAGACCCUCGAACAUCCCUUCACGAUUCUCCGGAUCCAGGUCUGGCUCCACGGCCACAUUAACCAUCACUGGGGUCCAAGCCGAGGACGAGGCUGUCUAUUUCUGUGGUGGUGAGGACAGCAGCACUGGGCAGGCAGGGGCUGUGCUGGGGCACGGGGCCCUCUCUGACCCCACACCUCUCUCUUCCCUCACAGGCCAGCCCAAGGUCGCUCCCACCGUCUACGUCUUCCCACCAUCCCCCGAAGAGAUCGCGAAGAAGAACAAAGCCACUCUGGUGUGUCUGCUGGAGAACUUCUACCCCAGCACUGUGGAAGUGGAAUGGGUGGUUGAUGGCACCAUCUUCAAAAACAAUGUGGAGACCAGUCAGACCGUGUGGCAGAGAAACAGAAAGUACGUGGGCAUCAGCUACCUGUCACUGGACGCCAGUGAGUGGCAAAGGCACGACACAUACUCCUGCAAGGUCAAGCACGAGGCUGGCAAUGUGGAGAAGACGCUGAACAGAUCCUGGAGCCCCUAAGCCCACUGGGACCUGCUUGCAACCGCCGGCCCUUUGGUGGCUCCCUCCCUCCUCCCCACUUCUGGGGACAGCGGCUCCCCCCAGCCGCACACCUCGCUCCUCACAUCCCCCUGUCCCCUGCUCCUGUCCCCCCACUCUGAGUGUCAGACAAAUAAAAACCGACACUGAACUAGUGCUGGCUCAGCA